AGGGAGUGUUGACUGGAGGGAGGUAGACACCUGGAGUGAGGUGGAGGGAGUGUUGACUGGAGGGAGGUAGACACCUGGAGUGAGGGGGUGGCACAGUGGAAUGAGGGUGAAGAGAAAGAUUGUAACAGAAUUGGUGAAGAAGAGAGUGGACAGUGAUAUCUCAUUGUAAAAGGAGGGCGAGGCACAUUCAGCAUCUGAAGAGAGAGGAUUGCAGCUGGUGGUGCAGAGCAGUGACACACGGGUCAGUUGUCGGACUGCCAGAACUUAGCAGGAUCAAGGGGAAGUCAGACAGCAUGUUGUCAUUGAAGGGAACUCUCAUCCUGCUGUUGCUGUUCUUUAGCAGUUUCUUUGGCAGUAUCUUCAUGUUGGCUCCCUUUCUUCCCAUCAUGCUGCUGUCCCCGGCCUGUUAUCGCUGGAUCACUGAGCGUAUUGUUGCUAUCUGGCUCACCCUUCCUGUGGCUCUGUUGGAGAUGGUGCUUGGUGUGAGAGUGGUCAUCACUGGGGAUGGCUUCGUGCCUGGUGAGCGCAGUGUGAUCAUCAUGAACCAUCGAACACGCCUGGACUGGAUGUAUCUGUGGAGUUGUCUGCUGCGAUACAGCUACCUCAGAAUGGAAAAGAUCUGCCUCAAGUCAUCCCUCAAAUCCAUUCCGGGCUUUGGCUGGGCAAUGCAGAUGGCAGCAUUUAUCUUUGUCCGGAGGAAUUGGGAAGAGGACCAGGAGUACCUCAGAGACAUGUUGGACUACCUGUGUGAUAUCAAGCAUCCUCUGCAGCUUCUUAUGUUCCCCGAGGGCACAGAUCUCACAGAUUCCACCAAAGCACGGAGUGAUCAGUUUGCCAAUUCUCGUGGCCUGCCAACAUACGAAUAUGUCCUCCACCCCCGGACUAAUGGCUUCUCCUACAUUGUCGAGCAGCUACGGAAAGGAAGCAACCUGGAUGCCAUUCACGAUGUGACAGUCGCCUAUCCGUACAACAUCCCACAGUCCGAGAGGGACCUGUUCACCGGCAACUACCCCCGGGAGAUCCACUUUUACAUCCGCCGAUACCCAGCCUCCCAGCUGCCCUCCUCAGUGGAGGGGCUGAAGGAGUGGUGCCGUCUGCGCUGGCACGACAAGGAGAAGCUGCUGCGCAAUUAUUAUCAGGGAGGCCGCUCGUUCCUUGAUCAGGUUCAAAUCGAGAGCCAGACUCAAAUUCUGAUUCAGAGUAUGACUCAAAUUCAGAGUGAGGGUCUUGAUCAGAGUCGGCUUCAGGUUCAGCGACGCACUCAGUUCUGGGGGAAGGGCUGGGGCUGGUGUCGGGGUCAGGGUCAGGGUCAGGGGCGCCAUGCGGCUCAGGGCUUGGGUCACAGCAGGAGCCUGAACUGGGCUCAGGGACAGAGUCAGGCCGGGGAUCAGGGUCCUGGCCCUCUCCCUCCCUGCAAGUCCAGAGGCCGGGUCUUCCUCAUCAAGCUCUUCUCCAUCGUGUACUGGACUGUCUUUGUGCUCGCCAUGUUUGCGGUGAUCUGGUCCUACACCCUGGCCAGAUGGUACUUUGCCAGUGUGGCAAUCUUUUUCAUGGUGCAGGAGAAGCUGGCUGGAGGCUGUGAGGUGAUGGAAGUGGCUGCGCACAACUGGAAGGCUUCCCACCAAUGGAGGAAGAGGGAGUGAUCCCCUUGGUCAAUCCAGCCAAUCCCAGGGGUUCUCCCAUUGAUCCAGCCAAUCCUGGGCUUUCUCCGUCGAUCCUGCCAAUCACAGGACAUUUCCCAUCAAUCCAGCCAAUCCUGGUGCUCCUCCCAUCUCUCGACAGUCCCCACCUUUCUAACAAGCCCAGAAUAGGGCAAGACGCAGUUACCUGAACAAUGUGAACCAGACUUUAUCUCUCCUUUAGAGGGUAGCAAGGGGAGAGGAGAGGGAGGAAGGACAGGGGAGAGUGAGGAGGGAGGGAGGGAGGCAGAAGGAAAGAACAGGCUGGACAACAAAGGGAGGGAAGGAGAGCAGAAAGAUGGGAGGGUAUGGCUGGGGGAUAGUUGCUGUCAGUGUACAGCUCUGAUGUGUUCCAUUUUAACCCGCUUUCACACACCACCUGAGGGAGGCUGAGUAAUGAUGGAAGUUUUAGCUACUCUCACUGUGCUGUGUUUCAAGCCACAUCAGCAGAGGCACCUUGUGGGCAGAGAGUGGUUCACCCACUAGUAACCGUGGCUGAGUCUCAGGGUCAGUCGUUCAUUAGGAUGUUAAUUAUGUUCCCAUGAGCAUGAGACUGUGUAGAUAGAACUGUACCCCAGUGAGAGUCAGUGUGUGUGUGUGGGAUUGUACCCCAGUGAGAGUCAGUGUGUGUGUGGGACUGUACCCCAGUGAGAGUCAGUGUGUGUGUGGGACUGUACCCCAGUGAGAG